AUGGCGUACGUACCUCCUCACAUGCGUAAGAAGCGUGUAAGCGAGUCCAACACGACGGACACCAAUGGCGACCAGAACAAGAAUAAGGAGAAUUCGAAGCCUGAGCUGCCACCGGGAUACCACACCACGACCUUUUCAGUGGAGGAGAUCGAGAAGUAUUUCUGGCCGGAGGGGCACCCUCAGGUCGAGUCUCCGGAAUACCGCGUCAGUCACUCGAAGACGUUGCACGACGACUCUGCCGCACAACCUGGCCGGCUGGCGUUUGUGCUGCUGUUCCAAGGUGCCAAUCCCCAGUGGAUGACCGAGAAUGUAAUCUACACCAAGUCAUGCCUGGAGCUUUUGCCGCAAGCGUCUGGCGUGGAAAAUACCAAUGUGAAAACAGCAGAAGAGUCCGGCAAAUCGACGGAGGGACCGCAUGUCAAAAGGAACGACUCCAGUCAGGGGAGUAGAAGCGAAGGCGCCACCACUGCCCCUCCAGUAGCCGUCUUCUACCAUCGACUCAAGCGGGGCAGUGAGCGUCCUUUCAUAUUCAACGGCUGGUAUAGCAUCGAGAAAGUCACCUUGCUGGAGCCGCAGAGCAAAGAGUUGGCUCGCACGCUGGAGCUGAAAUGGACAAUCCGUGACAAGUACGGCAAGACGAUCAAACGAGAACGCGACGAGGACAAGUGGCAGGCGAGCAUGAAUCAGAAGUGGGCAGUUGUAAAGCUGGCGAAGGAUGAAGCUGCGCAGAAGGAGCGGGGAGAUCCCAAGAUUGAGCGUCUGCCGGACUCGGACUCGAAUGUUACCACCGCUGAGAAGAAAAGCGUUCAGGAGAUGCUGGCAGAGAUGCGACUGAAGGAUACUGGUGUCAGCUCGCCAACACCGCAGGAUGCGAAGGAGAUGACCGAGAGGAUAUCUGCGGGGGGGCCGGUCGAUUGA